AUGACGAGUGCAGACGGUGAAGAGAGGCCUCUGUUGGGUCCCAGCCGCGGCGGCGGUGACGCUGACGCGGCCUACCAGCGCCGUGUUGUCACCACAACAUUCAUCAUGGUGAUCCUGGUGGACCUGGCCGGCUUCCUCCUGGAGCCGCCUCAAACCAAGAUUCUCGAGGGCAUCAUCUGCAGCCGCCACUAUACCGACGCCGCCACCACCGCAGGCGCCCACGACUGCACCGCAGCCCCCGUGCAGUCCGAGCUCGCGACCGUCACCCAGAUGCUCAACACGUUCAACCGCCUGCCCGGCCUCGUCGUCGCCAUCCCGUUCGGCAUCCUCGCCGACAGGUACGGCCGCCGGCCCGUCCUCCUGCUGGCGAUACUCGGCGCCCUCGUGCAGGAUGUCGUCUCCAAGGCUGUUCUCUGGUACCCGGACCUGAUAACCCCGCGAUUUAUCUGGCUGUCCUCGGCCGCUCUCUUGAUGGGCGGCGGCGAUGCUGUUUGCGGCUCGAUGAUCUUCCUCGUCGUGGCCGACGUCGCCCUGCCGCAGCAGAGAGCUAGCCUUUUCUUCCUCCUGACCGCGUGCGGCCUCCUCUCGGAACUCGUGGCUACACCGCUGAGCGCCUUGCUCAUUUCGAGGGACCCAUGGAUACCAUACUUCAUGUACAGUGGCUUGACAUUGCUCGGCGGCACGGUCCCUCUGCUAUCUUUGCCAGAGACUCUACCAAAGUCGGCACCUGAGGCAGAGACGUCUUCAUGCGAGGCAGGUGAGGGUGAGGGUGAGGAUGAAGAACAAUCAGGGCCUUCAGAUACGGCUUCAUUACUAGCAACAGGAGCUUCUUGCUUCAAGGUUCCGACCUCUCAUUAA